CACUUAGUUACUCCCCUAACCUCUUGAUCUCUCUCGCUCGCUCGCUCUCCCCCGUCUCUCCGUCUGUCUCCAACUCUCUCUCUCUCGGUGCAUCAUCCAUCGGGGCGUGUGAACACGCGUUCUUCUUCUUCUUCUUCGUUAGGUUUCUCUUUUAUUGUCCCCCACCAGGUGCAAGCUGGCACCGGGAAUCAUCGCAUCCUCGUCUCCGCGCCCUCUUUCUCGAACGCACGCACGCACUCCUCGCUUUCCUUGCACCAGGAUCUGUCCCUCUACCCCCUCCCCUCCCCUCCCUCGCGGUUUUACUUGGCAGGGUUUUUCUCCUUCGAUCCCCUAUACAAUCUUUGCACACUCCUCGGAUGAGAGAACUCGGAUCGCUGACACUGAACUGAAGUCGUUGCUAUUGGGUUGCUGGUAGGAUUUGAGAUUGAAGCUGGGGACAGGCAGGGGAAGGAAAGAGUAAGAGGAAGGAUUUUUUUGUGGGUUAGCUACCACGGGGGACCGCUUCAGGUGUUCGGGGUAGAACCAGGGGUACACCAUGCCAGAACGAGGAGGGGCGACGAAGAAUUUGUACUGUAUUGGUACCUUGGACACGAAGGGCCCCGAGAUUCACUUCCUCGCGGAAUGCCUUUCAUCAGCUCUCGCGCGCUUCCAGCUUGAUAAUAUUGAAGUUGUGGUGGUGGAUGUUUCAACCACUCUGAAAACUCCAAGCAGCACUGAUCACUCCAACAUAAGCAAUGAGGAAGUGCUUUCGAACCAUCCAGAUGGCCACGAGCUGACGAUUUCAUCUCUUGGAAGGGAGCGGAACGAAGCGCUUGCCACUUUGAGCUUAGCCCUUGUGCACCUUCUUAAAAAGUCACACUCACAUGGGAAGCUUGCCGGCGCCAUUGGUGUCGGGGGCUCUGGUGGAACUGCGCUUAUCGCUCCUGCUCUUCGGGCUCUUCCUUUAGGAGUACCUAAAGUCCUGAUCUCUACAGUGGCUAGUGGAAAUACUGCUGCUUAUGUGAAAACUACCGAUCUUGUCCUUUUUCCUUCAGUUGUCGAUAUUGCAGGACUCAAUACAUUGAGCCGUCUUGUGCUGGCGAAUGCUGCGGGUGCAGCAGCUGGUAUGGUCGCUACUUGUGAGCAUGCCAUUGGUCAGAAAGGAACUGUUUCUACAAAGCCGACUGUCGCUAUUACUAUGUUCGGAGUGACUACUCCAUGCGCUGAUGCUGUCAGGGCCAAGCUUGAUCAGCAUGGGUAUGAAACACUGGUAUUUCAUGCCACCGGUACAGGGGGACGAGCCAUGGAGAAUUUGGUUGCCCAGGGUCUUGUCCAGGGCGUGAUUGAUGUGACAACUACAGAGGUUGCGGAUUACAUUGUAGGAGGAAUCAUGGCUUGUGGUCCAAACCGAUUUCAAGCUAUAUUGCAGCAACGGAUUCCUCUAGUGCUCUCUGUUGGUGCCUUGGACAUGGUCAACUUCGGUAGCAAAUCUUCUGUGCCUGAGCAAUUCUCCAAGCGACAAUUUCACGUCCACAAUGAGCAGAUUACCGUGAUGCGGACAACCAUUGAAGAGAAUCGGGAAGCUGCAAAAUUUAUAGCAGAAAAGUUGAAUCACUCUGCCGCACCCCUGCGAGUGUUAUUGCCAGAGAAGGGCGUGUCAGCCCUGGAUGCGGAGGGGCAAGCAUUUUAUAAUCCUGAAGCAACAGGUGCAUUGUUGGAGGAACUGGAGAAGUCUAUUGAACAGACUCCAGAAAGAAAAGUGAAAAGGCUGCCAUAUCAUAUCAACGAUCACGAAUUUUCCGAUGCACUUGUAGCUGCCUUUCUGGAACUGCACCAUGCCAGUGGUGCGUCCCAGCAAAGGGAAGUCUCACCCUCUCCGUCUUUGCAUAUCCAAACCAUAAAGCCAAAACUCAUCAGGAGCCCAACUGAUUUUUCACGAGCUAAACCAGAAACGUUAAGGAAUAGGGCUAACAUACUGCAAAAGCUGAAGAAUCAAAUUUCUCGAGGAAUACCUAUCAUAGGUGCUGGGGCUGGUACUGGAAUUUCUGCAAAGUUUGAAGAGGAAGGAGGUGCAGAUCUUAUAGUUAUUUAUAAUUCUGGACGUUUUCGGAUGGCUGGUCGCGGAUCUUUGGCUGGCCUCAUGCCCUACAAGGAUGCGAAUGCUGUGGUGCUUGAAAUGGCAUCGGAGGUCUUACCUGUGGUGAAAAGAGUCCCAGUACUGGCAGGAGUGUGUGCAUCAGACCCUUUCCGGCGGAUGGAUCGAUUUUUGGUUGAGCUGGAGCGAUUGGGCUUUGACGGUAUUCAAAACUUUCCCACAGUUGGCCUUAUUGAUGGCAAUUUCCGGCAAAAUCUGGAGGAAACGGGCAUGGGCUAUGGUGUUGAAGUCACGUUGAUUCGACAAGCGCAUGAGAUGGGUUUCUUGACUACCCCGUAUGCUUUUAACUCACAAGAAUCGCACGCCAUGGCGAUGGCCGGAGCUGACAUCGUAGUAGCACACAUGGGUCUCACCACAGCUGGUUCCAUCGGGGCGAAGACGGCAGUUUCAUUGGAAGAUAGUGUGAGACGCGUACAGUCAAUCGCCGACGCAGCUUAUGAAGUCAAUCCAGAGAUCAUUGUACUCUGCCAUGGUGGGCCUAUAUCUGGACCAAAGGAAGCAGAGUAUGUAUUGCAAAGAACAAAGAAUGUUCAUGGGUUUUAUGGAGCAUCAAGCAUGGAGCGUUUGCCAGUUGAAGAAGCAAUUGCCGGCACGAUGCAGCAAUACAAGGCGAUCCAAAUCUCAGGAUGAGCUUCAUGCACCCACAUAACCUCUGUAACUGGCGAGAUCGUCAAUUAUCCCUGCUUUGAGAUAGCCUACAGAGUGCAGUGAUACAUUGCAUUCAUUGCCACAGAUGUUCUAGUAAAUCCAGGUUCUAUGUGAAGUGCGUCUUUUUAUCAGUUAUUCGUCCCUUCUAACCUCUGUCCUCACCGCUUCUGAAUACCCAAUGCUUUCUCAUAACUUCUUUGUCUGGUAGCACGACGAAGUCUUGAUGCUUUUAUUCUUUUCCUAGAGUUCAAGCACUAUCAGGAUUUGAACGUGCCGUUGGGCGGUCUGCAUAUGUAGUUCACUACGCUGCAAUCAGCGAAACUGUACACUCUAUCGGAUGUUACUGGGAUACCACAAACUUAGUGAGUACUAGAGAGGCUUUCUUCUAUGAUCUAUGUGGAACUCUUAUGUUCAUAGUUACGAUGAAAAAAAUCUGAACGCCAGCCGGGCACAUCUUUACACAA